GCCAGCUCUAGCCUGAUCUCGCCCAUCCUCCAGCUCGCCUCCCCCUCCUCCUCGACCUCCAGCCAUGACGGUCAACAGGACGCAGACGCUCAAAAUCCUUCAAACCACCAAAAACAUCGGCUUUGCGGCUGGAAUAUGUUUUCUGAUCAACGGUAUGACCGGCCCCGGUCUCCCGCAGAUUCCGCUGACUUUCCAGGUCGCUGGCUGGAUCCUCCCGAUGAUCUGCUUUGGCAUCUUUUCGAUUGUUUCGGGCCUCUCGGUGCUGUUCAUCAUGGAGGCAAUGCAGAAAAUCCCUGGCAACAAGCACUUCCAGGGAUGCGUCGAAUAUGCCACGCUGUUCAACUUUUAUUUCGACCCAAAGAUGCACAUUUUCAGUCAGUUCCUUCUCUACGGAGCUCUGAUUUCAAACGCCGUGCAGUCCAUUGUGCUCGUUGCGCAGUCGUUCGACCAGAUGUUUGUGGAUAUUUUCCACUCGACCUGGGGCUUGACGAUCGGCUUCCAGUCGGACCUGAGAGUCCUCAACGGCACCAAUGUCAUGACGUCCGCAACCACGCAUAUCGCCGACGUAGGCGCUGCCUCUCCCUUUGACGGUACCAUGCUUCUCACCGCUGGCUUGUUGAUGACCUUCCUUGUGAUGAUCCCCUUCCUGUUCGUGGAUCUCGAUAACAACAUCAAGGCCCAGAUUGUGUUUUUUAUCCUCACAGUCGCGAUAGUCUUUCUGUGGGUUGGCCUGAGUAUUUUGAACAUCACUCGGAUUCAAGGGGACAUUCCGAGCGUCCUCGCCCAAAACCUCCCUCCCUCAAAAUCGGCAGACUCAGUCUUGAACCGCUUCAGUGCCAUCAGCACCGUCAUGGGCACCGUUCUGCUCAAUCUCGCAUUUACCCAGGUGGUACCUUCAUGGGUCAACCUGAAGAAAGCCAACGUAUCUCCUCAAAAUACUGUUAUGAUAUCGGUGGCCGUUGCCGUGGUGCUCUAUCUCCUCUCUGGCAUCCUCCCUGCACUGGCUUAUGCCCCAAACUCGAAUGCUGCCACGAUUCUUCCUAGUUUCACUGCUGGACCCAUUCCCAUCCUCGGCAAGAUUUCUUCGUAUGCCUACACGCUGGUGAUGCUUCUGCCCGGCAUCCCCGUGCUCUUCAUGGUUGCAUACGAGAACCUGACCCAAAACGAAGUCUGCUCCAACGCUAUUGCCGUCUUCCUUUGCUUUGUGCUGCCAUGGCUCAUGGUCAUUCCCUUCCAAACGGGCGCGGUGCUCAUGACACUGCAGCUGUGGACAUCGGCCUUGUUUGUCAGCUCCGCCAACUUUAUCCUGCCCUUCGUCGUGUACUUGCAAUGCCUCAAGUUCCGAGAGCAAUAUGACUCCCAGAGGGAUGCCACGGAUAAGCAGCGCCUGACUCCCACGCAGUACAAGCUUCUGCGCAAGAUCCACCAGCAUUCGUCCAAGAUCCAGAAGUACCUCGACGAUAGCGAAAAGGCGCUCCAUAUGAUCCAGCCCGGUGACUUUGGUCCCGAACAAAUACCUGAGGGUGACGACGAAAUGCUCAAGUCCUUCGAAAGAGGGAUCACAUUCUCGGACCACAGCCCCAGAGUGUCGAAUGCCGAGGCCACUGACCGGCUUAUGCCACCCUUCACUGAGUCCGAUUCUCAGUUCUCAACCAUGCAGCAUGAGCAUGAGCAUCUCGCCAUCCCGCCGAUCUCAAUCGCACCCGCCUCUCCGGUGGAUUCGGUUGCGAAGACACCGUCUCCUCUGCACUCUCCUUCGGCUAUGCGAGCGCCCUCUCCCCUCAGAACACCAUCUCCCAUGCGGACUCCCUCCCCCGCACGAACUCCCUCUCCCGGACGAGCCCCGUCGCCGCUGGGAACACCUCCCUCGAUUCUACGCCCCCAACGAGGCCUUCCUGACGACUUGAAGAAGCCUGCGAGCAUGGAAUUCCUUUCCGUCGAAUCAUUCCUGGAUGCCAACGAGGAUCCCUCCACCGCCACUCUCCAAGCCCACGUCAGGCGCAAAACCCUGAAUAUUCCUCGGAACUUUACUCUUACCGGGCCCAAACGCCAGAGCAAAAUGUCAAGCACCGGCCCCAAGUCGCCCGAGCCUUCAAAAGACGACGGUCAGCCCUUGCUGAAAGCGGAUGAAGAGCCGAGCGAAGCCCACGAGAUGGUCCAGAUCGACCCCCAGGAAACAGCCCCAGAACCGGACACGCUGCAGGAUAUCUCCGAGGGAGCUGGCAAGCGUAUUGGUCGAAGUUUCCUGUCCCCGUUGAGAGGCAAAGAACCCACUGCGCUCACAAACAGCUACAUCCGACGUACGACACUGCCUCGUGAUGUCGGAUACCGAUCGGCAUUCUUCCGCACACUGCCGCACUGGUGGCCGCUGAGUCCGCACAUCACAGCGAUCCUUUUCCUUGUGUUUUGCAUCAUCAUGUGGAUCAUCAACCUGAUUGCCGUGAUCAUUCAGACGGUCUCGCCUCCAUCAAACUGAAGAAGCCACCUUAUUCCAGCAUUCACAUGAACUGAGCUUCCUUGAUUUCAUUUUCGGGUGCGAAUACAUGCAAUGAGCAGCCA